AUGGAGAUCAACAAGUCUCCGCUGAUCAACGCCUCGUUGUCAGCAACACCCCCAAAAGUAUCUCUAGACCCGAAAAUCAAACACCCUCCCCCGUCGAAGUCUUCUGCUACAACUACAACUACCAAACCAUCCAAAUCAUCCACAACAAACAUUGAUCUAGACUCAAUAAUUGAGCACUUAGUCGCCGCUGGUCUUUCAAAACAAAACCCGAAAACCUUCAACUUGACCAACGACGAAAUCAAGUUCAUUUGUGCAAAAUCCCGCAGAAUCUUCAUGUCUCAGCCAAUGUUGUUGGAGUUGGCUGCACCAGUUAAAAUUGUGGGUGACAUUCAUGGCCAAUUCCAAGACCUACUCAGAAUCUUCAAGCUAUGUGGCUUCCCCCCAAACUCAAACUACCUCUUUCUGGGCGAUUACGUCGAUAGAGGUAAGCAAAGUUUGGAGACAAUGGUCCUUCUUCUAUGCUUGAAAAUCAGGUACCCUGAAAAUUUUUUUCUCUUGAGAGGUAAUCAUGAAUCCGCAGACAUUACCAAAAUGUAUGGAUUUUACGAUGAAUGUAAAAGAAGAACCUCAAAUGGUGUUCGAACCUGGAAACUUUUUGUCGACGUCUUCAACACAUUACCUGUGGCCGCCACAAUAGCAGACAAAAUUUUCUGUGUUCAUGGCGGACUUUCUCCAGAGUUGAAAGAUUUGAGCCAAAUCAAGAAAAUCCAGAGGCCGACAGAUAUACCAGAUGAAGGGCUAUUGGCAGAUCUUUUAUGGUCGGACCCGCAAGAUAUCUCUGAUAAAUCAAGCUCCAAGAAGGAUAAAGAUCUCAAGCCCAAAUCAAAAUCAAAAUCAAGGACGAAGUUCACCAACGAUUGGAAGCAAAAUGACAGAGGUGUUUCGUACUGUUUCAGUGAAAACGUUGUCAAAAAGUUUUGUGCUAACCUCGAUUUUGAUUUGAUUGCUCGUGGUCAUAUGGUUGUCGAAGAGGGCUAUGAAUUUUAUGGUCAUAGACGACUUGUCACAAUCUUCUCUGCUCCCAAUUAUUGUGGUGAAUUCCGAAAUUGGGGGGCAGUCAUGAACGUGAACAAAAAACUGAUGUGCAGUUUCGAGUUGUUGAAGCCGAAGAAAGGGAAAAAAUGA